AUGCUGACGCUUCUACCCGACCGCUUUGUCCUCGAGGAGGUGACAGAGUAUGAUAUGAUCAUUGCCUCGCUGGCCUGGGGCUUUACACUCGGUAUCGGCUGGUUGACGACAUGGUCAGCCAUUCAGCAAACAAGGGCCAUCUACAAGCGUCGACGGAGAUCCAUCUUCAGAAAUGCCUACGUUUGGAUGAUCUGGGGAGAAAUCCUGGUUUGUCUUGGCUUUGGUAUCAUCUGCUUUAUGUACCUCUUGGGGCUCAUUCCCCCUAGCUUUGCAUUCUACUUUUGCAUCUUGACUUUAUGGGCUUUACAAGUUCAGUUCUUGCUUCAGAUUAUCAUCAACAGAUGCGCCAUUCUGCUUCACGACAAGAAACAUGUCUGGCGCCUCAAGUACGGCGUUGCCUUUCUCAUCACGGCGAUCAAUAUUUCUGUUUACUGCAUCUGGGUCCCGGCAAGGUUGCAGAUCUCCGACACAUACAUCCAUGUGAACCUUAUCUGGGAUCGCUGCGAGAAGGUCAUCUACCUGCUAGUCGAUGCCUGUCUCAAUUUCUACUUCAUUCGCAUCGUGCAACAAAACCUUGUUCAGCUGGGUCUCCGCAAGUACUCGAACUUGCUACUGACGGUGAUCUCCCCCCACAGGUACAUGCAGUUCCACCCCCUGGCCUACAUCGUCAAGCUCAAGAUUGAGAUGUCCAUGGCGGACUCAUCGCCAAGAUCGCCCGCAAGCAGGAUACACCAGCUCGGAUGA